CCGCGCUGGCGGUAGCGAUAGCGAGCUGUGGUAGUGCUGGUGGUUGUGGUGGCGGCCGAGGCGGCGGCGGCCAUUUUGGUGAGGCCUCAGAAGCGGCGGUUCUCUGGGAGUAGCUUCUCCCGUUCUUCCCACCCACCGCCCCCGUCUCUGCUAGGAGAGGAGACUGUGGAGACCAGGCGGGGGCCGCGGCCGCUAGUCUCGGGGGGACCUACAGACCGCGCGGGCGGCGGCCAAGAGGGGGCCAUCCCCCCUCCUGGAAGGGAGGGGGCGGCGUGCACGCCCCCGAGGACGCAGGUGUGAUUCUCAUUACGGCGGCACCGUGGAAGUACAGACUUUCACAGGAGUUGUGGUCUCAGCUCACACAGGUGCUUCAGAGACCCGUGGACCUGAGCGGAGGCUGGGACGCCCUAGUGGGCCCCGGGCCCUGGAAGGCGGGUCCCGGUGGCCGGUGGCCCAGAAUGAGGCCAGCUCCCAGCAUGCCCUGCAGCCGGACACCGCCAGCCCCUCUGCCAGUAGCAGUGGUGACAACGACCCAGUCAUUCUUCAGGCAUCCAAAGAGGAGCCUGGGAGUGGGACCAUGCAGAGCAGUCCCUCCCCUGCUCACCCUCAGCUCCCAAUCCUACAGACACAGAUGGUGUCGGACGGCAUGACAGGCAGCAAUCCAGUGUCCCCUGCCUCAUCUAGUUCUCCAGCCUCUAGUGGGGCAGGUGGCAUUUCCCCCCAGCAUAUAGCUCAAGAUUCCUCUCUGGAUGGACCUCCAGGCCCCCCCGAUGGUGCCACCGUGCCCUUGGAGGGGCUCAGUCUACCCCAAGCUGCUGACUUGGCCAACAGAGGUCCCAAAUGGGAGAAGAGCCAUGCUGAGAUUGCAGAGCAGGCCAAACAUGAGGCUGAAAUUGAGACUCGAAUUGCUGAACUACGGAAGGAGGGUUUCUGGUCGCUGAAGAGGCUGCCUAAAGUGCCAGAGCCUCCCCGCCCCAAGGGCCACUGGGACUAUCUGUGUGAGGAGAUGCAGUGGCUCUCUGCUGACUUUGCACAGGAGCGCCGUUGGAAACGGGGUGUGGCCCGUAAGGUGGUGCGCAUGGUGAUUCGACACCAUGAGGAGCAACGACAGAAAGAAGAACGGGCUCGGAGGGAGGAGCAGGCCAAGUUGCGUCGAAUCGCUUCCACCAUGGCUAAAGAUGUUAGGCAGUUCUGGAGCAAUGUGGAGAAGGUGGUGCAAUUUAAGCAACAGUCUCGGCUUGAAGAAAAGCGCAAAAAAGCUCUGGAUCUGCAUCUAGACUUCAUUGUGGGGCAAACUGAGAAGUACUCAGACCUUCUAUCUCAGAGCCUCAACCAGCCUCUAGCCUCCAGCAAAGCUGGGUCUUCUCCUUGCCUUGGCUCUUCCUCAGCUGCCUCUAGUCCUCCGCCCCCUGUUUCCCGACUGGAUGAUGAAGAUGGGGACUUCCAGCCCCAGGAGGAGGAGGAAGAGGAUGAUGAGGAGACGAUUGAGGUUGAAGAACAACAGGAAGGCAAUGAUGCAGAGACCCAGAGGCGUGAGAUUGAGCUACUUCGACAUGAGGGAGAACUGCCAUUGGAGGAGCUACUCCGUUCCCUCCCCCCACAGCUUCUAGGAGGGCCUUCCAGUCCCUCAAGGACCCCGUCAUCUCAUGAUAGUGAUACUCGAGAUGGGCCUGAAGAAACUGAAGAAGAUUCCUCUCAGGUGUUGAAGGUUAAAAAAACCCCGUCUGUCACCCAGUGCAAUAAGCGGCCUUGGCAACCAGAUGAAGAUGACGAAGAAUUUACCGCCAAUGAGGAUGAAGCGGAGGAUGAAGAAGAUACGAUAGCAGCUGAAGAGCAAUUGGAAGGGGAUGUUGAUCAUGCCAUGGAGCUGAGCGAGUUGGCUCGAGAAGGUGAACUGUCUAUGGAGGAGCUGCUGCAGCAGUAUGCCGGAGCUUACGCUUCUGAUGCCUCUGUCCCAGAUUCUGGGAGUAGUGACGAUGAUGAUGAGGAGGAGGAGGAGGAGGAAGAGGAGGAGGAGGUUGAGGCUAACAGCUUUGACUGUGAUCCAGAAGGGACUAUAGAAGCUGAAGAAGCUCCUCAAGAGGAUAGUAGCAGUCAGUCAGAUUCUGGUGAGGAACCAAGUGAGGAUGAAGAAGAUGAGCAUUCAGAGGAUGAUGAAACAAGUAGUUCACCAUCAGAGGAGUCUGAGUCUGAUGAAUCUGAGGAGUCGCAGUCACAGAGCUCAGCAGAUGAAGAAGAAGAAGAAGAUGAUGAUGAUGAUGAUGAUGACGACUGUGGGGUUGAGUACUUGCUUGCCCGUGAUGAAGAGCAGAGUGAAGCAGAUGGGGGCAGUGGUCCUCCUACCCCAGGACCCCCCAGUUCUCUAGGCCCUAAGAAAGAAAUUACUGACAUCGCUGCUGCAGCUGAAAGUCUUCAGCCUAAGGGUUACACUUUGGCAACUACCCAGGUAAAGACGCCUAUUCCUCUCCUCUUGCGAGGCCAGCUUCGGGAGUACCAACACAUUGGGUUGGAUUGGCUGGUUACCAUGUAUGAGAAGAAGCUUAAUGGCAUUCUUGCUGAUGAAAUGGGGUUAGGCAAGACGAUUCAGACCAUCUCCCUGCUUGCCCACUUGGCCUGUGAGAAAGGUAACUGGGGUCCUCAUUUGAUCAUUGUCCCCACCAGUGUGAUGUUGAACUGGGAGAUGGAGCUGAAACGUUGGUGUCCCAGCUUUAAAAUCCUCACUUACUAUGGAGCUCAGAAGGAGAGGAAACUCAAGCGGCAGGGCUGGACCAAGCCCAAUGCCUUCCAUGUGUGUAUCACAUCUUACAAGUUGGUGCUGCAGGACCACCAGGCCUUUCGUCGAAAGAACUGGCGCUAUCUUAUUCUGGAUGAGGCUCAAAACAUUAAGAAUUUCAAGUCACAACGCUGGCAAUCACUGCUCAACUUCAACAGCCAGAGGCGCCUGCUCCUAACAGGAACUCCGUUGCAGAACAGCCUCAUGGAGCUGUGGUCCCUGAUGCAUUUUUUGAUGCCCCAUGUCUUCCAGUCUCAUCGCGAGUUCAAAGAAUGGUUCUCUAACCCCCUAACUGGCAUGAUUGAAGGCAGCCAAGAGUAUAAUGAAGGUUUAGUCAAACGCCUCCACAAGGUUUUGCGGCCUUUUUUGCUCCGGAGAGUUAAGGUGGAUGUUGAGAAACAGAUGCCUAAAAAGUAUGAACAUGUUAUACGCUGUCGCCUCUCCAAGCGCCAACGCUGUCUUUAUGAUGACUUCAUGGCACAGACCACAACAAAGGAGACGCUAGCCACUGGCCAUUUCAUGAGUGUCAUCAACAUUUUGAUGCAGCUCCGAAAAGUCUGCAAUCAUCCAAACUUGUUUGACCCUCGACCUGUUACUUCCCCUUUCAUCACCCCAGGCAUCUGCUUUAGCACCGCCUCUCUGGUGCUAAGGGCCACGGAUGUCCACCCGCUUCAGCGAAUAGACAUGGGUCAGUUUGAUCUUAUUGGCCUAGAGGGUCGUGUCUCUAGGUAUGAGGCAGACACAUUUCUGCCCCGGCACCGCCUCUCCCGCCGGGUACUAUUAGAAGUCGCUACUGCUCCUGACCCCCCACCCCGGCCCAAGCCAGUCAAGAUGAAAGUCAACAGGAUGCUGCAGCCAGUGCCCAAGCAAGAAGGCCGGACAGUAGUGGUGGUGAACAGCCCACGAACUGCUGUGGGCCCUGUACCAGUCCGACCUCCUCCAGGCCCUGAGCUCUCAGCCCAACCCACCCCUGGCCCAACUCCUCCAGUACUGCCAGCACCACUGAUGGUGUCGGCUUCGCCUAUUGGGCCCCCACUUAUUCCGGCAUCCCGGCCCCCUGGCCCAGUUCUAUUACCCCCACUGCAGCCAAACAGUGGAUCUUUACCCCAGGUGUUGCCAUCCCCUCUAGGGGUCUUGAGUGGGACCUCACGACCUCCCACACCAACCUUGUCCCUGAAACCCGCCCCACCCGCCCCUGUUCGUUUGAGCCCUGCCCCGCCCCCGGGCUCCUCUAGCCUAUUGAAACCCCUGACAGUGCCACCAGGAUACACCUUCCCAGCUGCCCCUGCCACUACCACAUCUACCACCACAGUCACGGCACCCAGCACGGCAGUGCCAGCUCCAGGUCCUGCACCUCAGCGCCUCAUCCUGUCUCCUGAUAUGCAAGCUCGCCUCCCCUCAGGUGAAGUGGUCAGCAUCGGGCAGUUGGCCUCACUGGCACAACGUCCAGUGGCUAGUGCAGGGGGAAGCAAACCUCUCACCUUCCAAAUCCAGGGCAACAAGCUGACUUUGACUGGUGCCCAGGUGCGCCAGCUUGCUGUGGGGCAACCCCGCCCGCUGCAAAGGAAUGUGGUGCACCUGGUGUCAGCAGGGGGGCAGCACCACCUCAUCAGCCAGCCUGCCCAUGUGGCCCUCAUCCAGGCCGUGGCCCCGACCCCUGGCCCUACCCCUGUCUCUGUGCUGCCUUCUUCGACCCCCAGCACCACCCCUGCCCCUACUGGCCUCAACCUUCCGCUUGCUGCUAACCAGGUGCCACCAACCAUGGUGAAUAAUACAGGCGUGGUGAAGAUUGUUGUGAGACAGGCCCCUCGGGACGGACUGACUCCUGUUCCUCCUUUGGCUCCAGCACCUCGGCCUUCAGGUUCUGGGCUUCCAGCUGUGUUGACUCCACGGCCCACGUUAACCCCUGGUCGGCUACCCACACCCACUGUGGGUGCUGCCCGGGCUUCCAUACCCACGUCCACUCUGGUGAGGCCCCUUCUCAAGUUGGUUCACAGUCCUUCGCCUGAAGUCAGUGUUUCAGCACCUGGAGCUGCUCCCUUGACGAUCUCGUCUCCUCUACCUGGGCCAGCCUCUUCUCCAAUGCCAGUUCCCAAUUCUUCUCCCCUGGCCAGUCCUGUGUCCUCAGUUCCAGUGUCAUCUUCACUUCCCAUCUCUGUCCCCACCACACAUCCUGCCCCAGCCUCAGCUCCACUCACCAUCCCCAUCUCAUCCCCCUUACCUGUUUCGGCUUCUGGGCCAACCCUGUUGACCAGUGUGACUCCAACACUGGCACCUGUUGUAUCAGCAUCUCCUGGACCUUCUUUGGCACCAGUUGGAGCUUCCCCGUCAGCAUCAACCUUGGCUCUUGGUUUGGCCACAACUCCUUCCAUAUCCCCGUCUCAGGCUUCGGCUCAUCCUUUAUUGUUGGCUCCAGCUUCUUCACAUGUUCCAGGAUUGAAUUCAGCCGUGGCCACAGCGUGUUCACCUGUCCUGGUGCCAGCCUCAGCUUUGGCCAGUCCUUUUCCUGCAGCUCCAACUCCUGCUCCAGCUCAGACUUCCCUUCUGACUUCAACACCCUCAGCGUCUCAGGCCUUAGCCACCUCUCUGGCUCCCAUGGCUGCUCCACCAACAGCAAUCCUGGCUUCUCCAGCUCCUACUCUGACUCCUCUUUCAGUUUUGGCUCCACCGCAGACUUCAGUUCCGGUUUUGGCUUCCUCAUCUACACCAGGGACUCCUUUAGCCUCAGCUUCUUCGCUAGUUCCAGCCCCGACUCCUCCUUUGUUGGCUCCAUCAUCAACUCAAACUAUGGUACCGGCCCCUGUUCCAUCAGCUAUUUCGAGCCCUGCUUCAACACAGACACUGACCUUGGCCCCAGCUUUAACAUCCCCUCUUGGCAGUUCGUCUCCGUCUCAGACACACUCAUUGGGAACAGGGACCCCCCAGGGACCCUUUUCAGCUCAGACCCUGUCAUUGACUCCAGCAUCAUCCCUAGUACCAACUCCAGCUCAGACGUUGUCUUUGGCCCCAGGACCACCACUUGGUCCCACUCAGACGCUGUCUCUGGCUUCCCCACCCCCUCUGGCUCCAGCUUCUCCAAUGGGCUCAGCGCCAGCUCACACACUGACUUUGGCUCCAGUAUCAUCAUCAUCAUCUUCGCUCAUGGCUCCAGCUUCAGUGCAGACACUGACCUUGAGCCCUGCUCCAGUUUCGAUGCCUACCUUGGGCCCAGCUGCAGCUCAGACUCUAGCACUGGCUCCAGUCUCAACACAGGUCCCAGCUUCCCAGGCAUCUUCCCUUGCGGUUUCGGCUUCUGGAGCAGCUCCCUUGCCUGUCACCAUGGUAUCUCGGCUGACUGUUCCCAAGGAUGAGCCUGAAACACUGACAUUGCGCUCUGGUCCCCCCAGCCCGCCUGCCACUGCUACCUCGUUCAGUGGUCCCCGGCCUCGACGCCAGCCCCCACCACCACCUCGUUCCCCUUUCUAUCUGGACUCUCUGGAGGAAAAGCGGAAGCGACAGCGGUCUGAACGCCUGGAACGGAUUUUCCAACUUAGCGAGGCUCAUGGGGCCCUAUCACCCAUGUAUGGGACUGAAGUCCUGGAUUUCUGUACCCUGCCCCAACCUGUUGCCAGUCCCAUCGGCCCUCGUUCUCCUGGCCCCAGCCACCCCACCUUUUGGACUUACACUGAAGCUGCCCGUCAGGCUGUCCUGUUUCCCCAGCAACGACUAGACCAGCUGUCAGAAAUCAUUGAGAGGUUCAUCUUUGUCAUGCCUCCUGUGGAGGCACCUCCCCCUUCCCUGCAUGCCUGCCACCCACCUCCUUGGCUGGCCCCACGUCAGGCAGCCUUCCAGGAGCAAUUGGCUUGUGAGCUCUGGCCCCGGGCUCGUCCUUUGCACCGUAUUGUGUGUAAUAUGCGCACCCAGUUUCCUGACUUGAGGCUUAUCCAGUAUGAUUGUGGAAAGUUGCAGACGUUGGCAGUAUUGUUGCGACAGCUCAAGGCAGAGGGCCACCGGGUGCUCAUAUUUACCCAAAUGACACGAAUGCUGGAUGUAUUGGAGCAGUUUCUCACCUAUCAUGGCCACCUCUACUUGCGUCUGGAUGGAUCUACUAGAGUUGAACAGAGACAGGCUUUGAUGGAACGGUUCAAUGCAGACAAACGCAUAUUCUGCUUCAUCCUUUCCACUCGGAGUGGGGGUGUGGGUGUGAACCUGACAGGAGCAGAUACUGUUGUUUUUUAUGACAGCGACUGGAAUCCCACCAUGGAUGCACAGGCCCAGGAUCGCUGUCACCGAAUAGGCCAGACCCGAGAUGUUCACAUUUAUAGGCUUAUCAGUGAACGGACAGUGGAAGAAAACAUCCUGAAAAAGGCAAAUCAGAAGAGAAUGUUGGGUGACAUGGCCAUUGAGGGAGGCAACUUUACCACUGCUUAUUUUAAACAGCAGACCAUUCGUGAGUUGUUUGAUAUGCCCCUAGAAGAGCCAUCUGGCUCCUCUGUACCUUCUGCCUCUGAAGAUGAUGAAGAGACUGUGGCCAGCAAGCAGACCCAUAUCUUGGAACAGGCAUUGUGUCGGGCAGAGGAUGAAGAAGAUAUCCGUGCGGCCACCCAGGCCAAAGCAGAACAGGUGGCUGAGCUUGCAGAAUUCAAUGAGAAUGAAGGCUUUCCUUCUGGUGAGGGAGAGGAGGCCAGCCGCCCCGGGGCUGAGGAUGAGGAGGUAUCCCGCGCUGAACAGGAGAUUGCCGCCCUUGUAGAACAGUUAACUCCCAUUGAGCGCUAUGCCAUGAAAUUCUUGGAAGCCUCACUGGAGGAGGUGAGCCGAGAGGAGCUCAAACAAGCAGAAGAACAAGUGGAAGCUGCCCGCAAGGACCUGGAUCAAGCCAAGGAAGAGGUGUUUCGCCUGCCCCAAGAGGAGGAGGAGGGCCCAGGGGCUGGGGAUGAGGUUUCCAGUGGGACUGGUGGAGGCAGCCAUCGGCGCAGUAAGAAGGCCAAGGCCCCUGAAAGGCCGGGGACUCGCGUCAGUGAGCGUCUUCGUGGAGCCCGGGCUGAGAACCAAGGGGCAAACCACACUCCUGUCACAUCCACCCAUCAUGCCCGCAGCACCUCCAUACCCCCUCGCUGUAGCCCUGCCAGGGAAAGAGUUCCCCGACCAACACCUAGGCCUCGACCCACUCCAGCUCCAGCUCCUGCUGCAGUUCCUGCCCCAACUCCCGUCCCUGUCCCAAUCCCCAUUUCAGCCCCCAAUCCAGUAACCAUGCUUCCCAUCCAUAUCUUGCCUUCUCCCCCUCUUCCUCCACAGAUUCCUCCCUCUUGUUCUUCUGCUUGUACCCCUCCUCCUGCCUGUACCCCUCCACCAGCUCAUACCCCACCUCCAACCCAAACCUCUCUCUUAACCCCUUCUUCCCCACUCCUUCUUGGUUUACCCUCUAUACCUCUCUCUCCCCCGGUUACCAACCUCUCCUUAGGCUUGGGGCCUGAGGCAGAGCUGCGUGUGCAAGCCCUGGCAUCUACUGAGUCACUGGUUGAGACAGCCAGUUCCGAGACUUCCCCACUUACUCUCGUGCCCCCUAAAGAUCUGUUGCCAGUUGCUGUUGAGAUCCUGCCCGUGUCAGAGAAGAACCUUUCUCUUACUUCUUCUGCACCUAGCCCAACCCUGGAGACUGGCAGUGUCCCCAACGGUCAAGAGCAGGAAGUGCCAGAGCCUGCUGAGGGGACUGUCCUCACAGUGCUGCCUGAUGGUGAGGAGAUGCCCAGAUGUCUGAGUGAGAGCAAUGGGCUGGAACUCCCACCCUCUGCAGCAUCUGAUGAGCAACUUCAGGAGCCGUUGGAGGCUGACAAGAGUGCAGAAGAAGUGGUAGAGGCCCAGACCCCUUCCUCCAGUCCAGAGAAGCCACAGGAACUCAUUGCAGCUGAGGUCACAGCCGCAUCAACCUCAACCUCAGCCACCUCCUCACCUGAGGGUCCUUCGCCUGUCCGGCCCCCUCGACGUCGCACCAGUGCUGAUGUAGAAAUCAGGGGUCAGGGGGCUGGCCGGCCAGGGCAGCCUCCAGGCCCUAAAGUGCUUCGGAAGCUCCCGGGACGACUGGUGACUGUGGUGGAGGAAAAGGAACUGGUGAGGAGACGGAGACAGCAGCGAGGAACUGCCAGCACUCUGGUGCCUGGCGUCUCUGAGACUGGUGCCAGCCCGGGAAGCCCAUCUACCCACAGCAUGUCGGGGACAGAAUCCUCACCCCCCACCAGUGGGCCCUGUGAAGCUGCUCCCCCCUCCACUUUGCCUUCCCCAACCCAGCAACCCUUCAUAGCUCGCCGUCGCAUUGAGCUGGGGGUGACUGGUGGGGGCAGUCCAGAGAAUGGAGAAGGGGCAUUGCUUGCCAUCACUCCUCCUGCUGUGAAACGUCGGCGGGGGAGGCCCCCCAAGAAGAACAGGUCUCCAGCAGAUGCGGGGCGAGGGGUGGAUGAGGCACCUUCUUCCACCUCUAAGGGAAAGACCAACGGGGCUGAUCCGGUUCCAGGGGCAGAGACCCUUAUCGUUGCGGACCCUGUCCUGGGACCCCAGCUUAUUCCUGAGUCCCAACCUCUUGGACCCCAGCCCCUUCAUAGACCCGAGCCCAUCAUCCUGUCACCUGUGGAGAAGAGAAGGCGUGGGCGGCCCCCUAAGGCACGCGAUUUGCCCAUUCCUGGGACCAUUUCGUCUCCAGGGGAUGGCAACUUAGAGAGCCGGACACAGCCUCUCCCGCUGCCACCACCCCUGCCACCACUCCUAGCCUGUCCCACUGCUACUGUCGCCAACACUGUCACCACUCUCACCAUUUCAACAUCCCCACCCAAGCGGAAGCGGGGCCGGCCUCCCAAGAAUCCACCAUCACCUCGGCCCAGCCAGCUCCCUGUCUUGGACCGUGACAGCUCCUCUGUCCUUGAGAGCUGUGGAAUGGGGAGGCGGCGGCACCCCCAGGGCCAGGGGGAGAGUGAGGGUAGUUCCUCUGAUGAGGACGGAAGCCGCCCUCUCACCCGCCUGGCCCGCUUACGGCUUGAAGCAGAGGGUAUGCGGGGACGAAAGAGUGAAGGGUCCAUGGUAGUGGCUGUAAUUCAGGAUGACUUGGAUAUAGCAGAGAGCGGGCCAGGGGGGUUAGAAUUGACACCACCUGUGGCUUCACUGGCUCCGAAGCUGCGUUCGACCCGGCUGCGUCCAGGGUCUCUAGUCCCCCCGCUAGAGACUGAGAAGGUGCCUCGCAAACGGGCAGGGGCCCCAGUUGGGGGAGGAACUGGGCUGGCAAAGCGGGGUCGUCUGCAGCCCCCUAGUCCUCUGGCACCUGAGGGCUCAGUAGAGGAGUCGGAGGCAGAAGCCUCAGGUGAGGAUGAGGAAGGGGAUGGAAUCCCACGUCGCCGACCUGCCCCCCGGAGGCUUGGUGGGGCCACCAACCAAGGGGACCAGCGCAUCCUGCGCAGCAGUGCCCCGCCCCACCUGACUGGCCCUACCGUUAGUCACAGAGGCCGCAAGGCCAAAACGUGAAUGGGCAGCCCCCCCACCCAGGCUUUCCGCCGUGGCCCCUCUCCGUCCACAACCAGGCCUGACUCUGUUAACCACUACUUGAAGUCUUUUGAGGGGGAAAGCCUCCAGGGAGACAUAGGGGCCUUCCCCCUUCUUUCCACCAAAGUAGGGGGUAGGCAACUGGUUGUCAUGGAAAUGGGGCUCUUCACAUAUCCCCUUCCCUUCCACCCCACAUGGCUGGGCAGUGUUAAGGGUGGCAAGAUAGUCUCUGUCCCCACCCCCUUGUACUUGAUUCCCCAGCUAUCUUUCAUAGCCCCCCCACCCUUAGGGGAAGGGGGAGGGGCUUCUCUACAAUGAGUUUUUUCUUUUUUUUUUUUUUAAGAAGAAAAAAAUAAUAAACUUAGUUUCUGUAUGAGCA